AUGGUCAAUAAUUAUGUACUGAAUAAAUAUAUUGUUAUCAAUCCUUUAUUAUCCCAGAGAUGUAUACCAGAAUUCGAAAAUGCCGCCUAUGGCGUGCUGAUGGAGGCGACUGAAACUUGUGGUGACGAUGGCACCAUUGAAUUUUGUGUGCAGACGGGAAGUUCAGCCAAGAAAUCAUGCGAUGUGUGCAGGGCAGGUGACCACGGUCCCAGGUACUUAACGGAUCUGCACGACCAGGACAACCAGACAUGGUGGCAAUCUCCAACCAUGUAUGAGGGAAUACAGUAUCCUAGUCAAGUGAAUUUGACGCUCAACUUACGAAAAGCUUUCGAUAUCACAUACGUUCGUUUAUGGUUCUACUCACCUCGUCCUGAAAGUUUUGCAAUUUACAAGAGAACAAAAGCCAAUGGACCUUGGGAACCAUAUCAAUUUUACAGUGCCACUUGUCGAGAUAUGUACGGCUUACCAGACAAUAACCAUGCUAGUCGAGGAGAAGCUGAAACCAGGGCACUUUGUACAAGUGAAUACAGUGAUAUUUCACCAUUACGAGGCGGAAAUGUAGCUUUUUCAACCUUGGAAGGACGUCCUAGUGCCUAUCAAUUCGAUUCUAGCGCAGAUUUGCAGGAAUGGGUGACAGCUACCGAACUUAGAAUAACAUUGGAUCGUCUUAACAGUUUUGGUGAUGAAGUUUUUGGAGAUGCCCAGGUAUUGCGUUCUUAUUUCUAUGCAAUUGCCGAUGUUGCUGUUGGUGCUCGUUGCAAAUGUAAUGGCCACGCUUCGGAAUGUGUCAGUUCUUCAGGUCCGGACGGUACUCGCAGGAGAGUAUGUCGUUGCGAACACAAUACUGCAGGUCCAGAUUGUGGUGAAUGUCUGCCGUUUUAUAAUGAUGCUCCUUGGGGUAGAGCCUCUUCUACAAAUGUACAUGAAUGCAAAGCUUGUAAUUGUAACGGUUUUUCCGAUCGCUGCGUGUUUGACAGGGCUCUAUAUGAACAAACUGGCCAUGGCGGUCAUUGUUUAGAUUGUAGAGCCAAUCGCGAUGGACCAAACUGCGAAAGAUGCAGAGAAAAUUACCAUCAGUUCGAAGAUAGUUAUUGUGUUCCUUGUAAUUGCGAUCCUACAGGUUCCAGAUCGCUCCAAUGUGAUGCCAGCGGUAGAUGUCAAUGUAAACCUGGUGUAGCAGGCGAUAAAUGUGAUCGUUGCGAUGUUGACCAUUACGAUUUUGGUCCACGUGGCUGUCGUCCUUGCGAAUGUAGUGUUGCAGGAUCUUUGAACAAUCAGCCUUCAUGUGAUCCUCACACUGGUGUUUGCGCUUGUAAAGAGCAUGUUGAAGGACAGAAAUGUCGAGAGUGUAAGCCAGGAUAUUUCAGUCUUGAUGUCGACAAUAAGUUCGGAUGUACCCCCUGUUUCUGUUACUAUCAUUCUUCAGAGUGUACAUCGGCUAUGGGUUAUUCAAAAGUAACUACUGAGUCUAUGUUCGCUAGAGGUAGCGAAAGAUGGACAGCUCGAGAUGACAGAAAUGCUGUCGUUCCGGUGCAGUACAAGGCUUUGGAACAAAAUAUUGGGGUAUCAUCAAUCGGAGGCGAAACUUUAUUCUUCACCGCACCAGAUCGUUUCUUAGGAGAUCAGCGCGCUUCGUACAAUCAUUAUUUAAGCUUUACACUUCGAAUUGGGGAAUCAGGUCCAGCUCCAUCAGCGACUGAUGUAAUUUUAGAAGGAUCAGGUGGACACGUGUCCCUUCCGAUCUUUGCACAAGGACACCAGGUUCCUUCGAUCAGGCCUCAGAGAUACUCAUUUUUAUUACAUGAACACCCAGAUUAUGGCUGGCAACCGCGGUUAGGCCAGAGAAAUUUUUUGGCACUUUUGAGUAAUUUGACCGCGAUUAAAGUUAGAGGAACAUAUAGUGGUAGAGCUGUCGGUUUUCUGGAUGAUGUAAAAUUGGAAACCGCUCAUCGUGGUUCUGCGGGUCAACAAGCUACAUGGAUUGAGACAUGUACUUGUCCUUCUGGUUAUAUUGGCCAGUAUUGUGAAUCCUGCGCACCAGGUUUUAGACACACACCUGCAAACGGAGGACCAUUUGCAUCUUGCGUUCCUUGCGAGUGUAAUGGUCAUACGGAUAUUUGCGAUUCUGACACAGGUCGGUGUAUUUGUGAUCAUAACACUGCCGGUGACAAUUGUGAACUUUGCGCAAGAGGCUAUUAUGGAAGUGCCCUUGGCGGUACGCCCUACGAUUGCAAAGUGUGUCCUUGUCCAGAAAGAGGUGCUUGUUUACAGCUUCCUGAUGAGACUGUGGUUUGUCUAGAAUGUCCUGCAGGAUAUGCAGGUCCUCGUUGUGACCUUUGCUCAGACGGAUUUUAUGGAGACCCUACAGGAAGACAGACAGGCUAUGCUGAACCUUGCAGACCUUGCGAUUGUAAUAACAAUGUUGAUGUUAAUGCCGUAGGAAAUUGUAAUAGAACCACAGGUGCAUGUUUGAAAUGUAUUCAUCACACGGCCGGAGAACGUUGUGACCAUUGUUUGCCUGGAUACUACGGUGAUGCCCUUGCUCUUCCCCAAGGCGAUUGUAGACGUUGUGCUUGCAAUCCAUACGGAACUGAAUAUACCAAAGAGGGCGGACCACCAAAAUGUGAUCAAAUUUCUGGUCAUUGCAUGUGCAAACCACAUGUCACAGGAAAGAACUGCGAUAUUUGCGAGGUCGGUUAUUAUGAUUUGACAAGUGGAAAUGGUUGCAAAGAUUGCAAUUGCAAUCCGAUAGGAUCUGUAGGCCCAGCUUGUGAUGCUGAUACUGGACAGUGUCAAUGUAGGCCAGGUGUAACUGGAAAACUUUGUGACUCUUGCGCACCUUUACAAUAUGGUUUCUCUUCAACCGGGUGUUCGCCUUGUGAUUGCGAUGAAACAGGAUCUCAGAGCUUGCAGUGCGAUGUAAACGGGCAAUGUCCUUGUAACGAUAAUGUAGAAGGUAGACGUUGUGAUCGAUGCAAAGAAAAUACCUACGAUAGAAAACGAGGAUGUAUUGAUUGUCCGCAUUGUUACAACCUGGUCAGAGAUGCUGUUCAUAGACAUCGUGAUAGACUUCAUGAAAUGCAAAAGGUACUGGCCGACAUUAAGAGCAAUCCCACAGUUGUUGAUAAUACUGAAUUUGACGAAAAACUAAAUCAAAUUCAAAAACAAGUUGAUAAGCUUUCGGCAGACGCUAAACUAGCAACAGGAGGUGGAGAUAAGAGUUUGUUCGAUCAUGUUUCAGAACUGCGGGACAGAUUAUCAAAAUGUGAAGCACUAGUCGAUCAAGUGAAUCUAUUGGCGGAUGAAGGUCGAAAAACAGCAGCUAUGGGAAAACAAGAUCUAGAAGCCGCUCAAGCUAUAAUUGAAGCUGCCACAAAAGAAUUGAAUGAUGCGUUGGACUUCUUGGCCGACGAGGGUGUUAAAGCUUUAGAUCGCGCAACAAAUAGAAGUCAGCAACUCGGUCAUCAAUCUGAAGCAAUGUCGAAUAUUGUAAAAGAAGCUCAACAACUUGCACAUGAUUUAGAAGAAGAAGAUAAAACUAUAAGAGAAACUGCUCAACGAGCUCUAAACGUUUCUACAGAGGCUUACGAUGUUGCUAAAGGAGCCUUGGACUUGCAAGAUAAUGUGACAGAUUCGAUUAGAGGACUAACCGCAGCUGUCGCCCAUGCCAGAGUACGUUUGGAAACAACACUCGAUCAUUCAAGGGAAACUCUCGAACUCGCUGAUAAGGCUCAAAAAGAUGCUCUAGCCAUUUACACCGAAGUCGACAAUGCCGCUUUGCCCGAGAUAGAUAUUGCAAAGCUUCGCGAAGAUGCCAAAUAUAUAAUGGAUGAGGCUGAAGAAAUAAAAUUAGCUGCUGAAGAUUUGUUUGUAGGUCCUCGUGGGGAUAAAAUGGCAGAAAUUGAAGAUCAAAUUGAUUACGCGCGAGAUUUAGUCAAUCGUGUCGUUAAUCAGCAAAAUGAUAUCGAUGCCCUAUUAGCAGAAGCUGAUUCUUCGAAUCAACUUGCAAAAGAAGCAGUGGAGUUGGGAGAUAAAACAUUGGCCGAAGCGCAGAAAACUCUACAGACAUUAUUAGGGUUCCAUGAGGAAGUUGAGUCUUCACGUAACGCGGCCCAAGAAGCACUUACCAAAGAUAAACUGGCCAACGAAAUUCUGAAACAAGCAAAUAGCACUAAAGCAGAGGUUUAUCGAUAUGAUGCCGAAUCAAAAGAUUUAGAUAGACGUGUCAACGAAACCGCUUUGCGUAUAGAGUUACUCGAAGUCCAGGCCAAGGAUGAAGAAGAUCUUACCAGUUCCGCCAAAACAUUGGUGGGCCAAGCUAAAAGCGACGCUGAAGAGGCUUCUAAGCAAGUUGAAAAGGCGCUUAGAGAUGUCGAGGAUAUAAAGAAGGAGCUGGAAAAGUUACCAGACAUCGAUGAGUCAGAUCUGGCAGAAUUGGAGAGAAAACUUACCGAUGCCGAAAACAUUAUCAAAGCAGCCAACUUGGAUGUUAGGAUCGAGCAAUUACGAGCUACUCAGAAAAAGCAACAGGGUUGGAUUCGCGAUCACAAAGACGAAUUGGAAAGAUUGCAAGCGGAAGUAGAAGCAGUUCAAGCAAUUGCAGAUGCACUACCAGCAGGCUGUUUCAAGAGAGCCCGCCUUGAACCAUAUUAAUUAAAAGAUCUUUAAAAAAUGCAAUAACAAAAUUAUGGUAAAUGAUCAAUCUCGGGAUUGAUAGAUACCACCGAAUUAUAAAUUUAAAUUAUCGUGCAUCAAUAUUCUAUUAUUGUUUUUAUACUUUAUUAUUUUUUCGCCAUAAAUCUCUUAGAAUCUCUUGCAUAUUAUUUGU